GAAGAGAUCGGCAUCCGCGCGUGGGCCAAGACGUACCAGCUGGCCUCCUUCGACGAGACCGUCCUUGAGGACGGCUCACUCACCAUGUGCAAGUGCAUUCUGGUCUGGGCGGCGGCGCUGAUGUUGAAAUCGUUUUCCGAGCAGGUUGACAAAGUUGCCUUGCGCAAAUCGGCGCUGGCCGCCCAGCAGGAAUUAUCCAAGCACCAGCUCAUGAUCGAGGAGAUAUCGCCGAAGGUGCUGGCCAACAAAACGUACGAUGCAUUGUUUUUCAAGUGA